AUAUUUAAAGCUGAACUGUGCUGUGUAAAGUUCCUGUUGGUUGAUCGUCUGGACGUCUCACUUUCAGCUGUUUCUCUGGUAGUCUUGAAAAAACUCUGUUUAACAGAAGCACAAUGGCCGGAAACCAAGAACGUACCUUCAUUGCAAUCAAACCAGAUGGCGUUCAGAGGGGACUAAUGGGUGAAAUCAUCAAACGUUUUGAGCAGAAAGGAUUCAGACUGGUUGCAAUGAAGUUCCAGCAAGCUUCAGAAGAACUGUUGAAACAGCACUACAUUGACCUGAAAGACCGACCAUUUUACAGUGGCCUUGUGAAAUACAUGGGAUCUGGACCAGUUCUGGCUAUGGUUUGGGAAGGUCUUAAUGUGGUGAAGACUGGCAGAGUAAUGCUGGGUGAGACCAAUCCAGCAGACUCCAAGCCUGGCACCAUCCGUGGUGACUUCUGCAUCCAGGUUGGCAGAAACAUAAUUCACGGCAGUGAUGCUGUGGCCAGUGCUGAGAAGGAGAUUAAGCUGUGGUUCAAACCUGAGGAGCUGGUGGACUACAAGAGCUGCGCUGAGAGCUGGAUCUACGAGUAAACUGUCCUGGCCCUUCUGGUUGUCCUGCCAUUAUGGUGAAUGUAGUAGACCUGGAAGGAAUAUUUUUCUAUUGUCAGUUUCCUGAAAGCAGAGCACUUACUAAUAAAUUCAAGACUGUUGAACAA